CUGGAGAAGAAAAAGCCGCUGCUCGCCUGGACAGCUAUUUAUAAAAAUAAAAGCGCGUUAUUGUGUCUGGCUCUGAGGAUUUAAAACCUUGAGCAUCCGCUGUAAUCAGGGAAAUGUUAUGCUGGUGCUUAAAGAUGGGACACUGGAAAAGAGCCAUUGCCAUGGAGUCCUCCCUGUUUAGUGAGCUGAUUCAUGCCUUCGCUACCACCCAGCAGAACCGGCACCAGGCGCUGGUCGCAAUGAGAACAGAGCAGGAGUGGCACUUCAGGGCUCUGCUGCGGGCCCAACAGGACGACUGCCAGGCACUCCUGCAUCUCAUCAACCCCGCAGGUGCAUCAGCCCCGGAGUCUACAGGAUUCCUACACAUCACCCUCAUCAAGAUGGGGCAGCACGAAGACCCGGAGGUGUUUCUGGACCUGUUCGAGUGGUCUGCGGAGGCAUGGGGGUGGCCAGAUGAGCAGCGAGCAGCCCGCCUGGUACUGCUCCUGAACGGCGAUGCGCAGCUUGCUGCUCAGCACGUGCCCGCAGAGAACCAGUUGGUGUAUGCUGACCUGAAGUGCGCAAUCCUCCAGCGAGUCGGCUGCUCCCCGGAUCAACAUUGGCAGCGCUUCUGUGACCUGAGGCUUGAAGAGGUCGGCUGACCCUUCACCUAUGGCCAGCAGCUGCGGGAUGCCUGCCGGUGGUGGCUGAGAGCGGGGAACCGCGAUGUCGAGGAAAUCAUUGACGCGGUGGCACUGGAGCAAUUCAUCGCUCGGCUGCCGAGGGGGGCAACGGAAUGGGUCCAGUGCCACCACCCGGCGUUGCUGGAUCAGGCCAUUGAGCUGGCAGAGGACCAUCUGGCAGCGGUUCCAGUGGCAGGUGAGUGCUCCUUGUCCCAGCAGUACAGAGGUGAGGCCUGGGCCGGUGUGCUGGUGUUGUGGGGAGUCAGGGUACUUCCAGUGCCAGGUGAUGGAGGUUGGGGCAGUGGUUCGGAUCCCCGACGCGCCAGAAGCCACCCCCGAUCGACCUGGAACGUAUCACAUACCGCUGUGUGAGGACAUGAAAACGGAGAUGUCCAAAGCAUCAGUAGUCUGUGUGAAGAAAGAGGAGACACUGGAGCUGAACAUCUACAACCAUGGAGACAACCUUGACAACCCACCUGAAGGUCUCUUCAUUAAAGUGGAAAAUCCUGACAAUAAAGACUACCUCUACUGUGAAGUUUGCAAAUCCUUCUUCCUCAACAAAUGUGAAGUUCAUGGACCGCCCCUCUUCAUCCCAGAUACUCCUGUUCCCAUGGGAGUCCCUGACCGAGCCAGACAAACUCUUCCUCCUGGGCUAGAGAUUCGGAAGUCCGAUAUUCCUGACGCAGGCCUGGGAGUGUUUAAUAAGGGGGAGACUGUUCCAAUAGGUGCACACUUCGGACCCUACCAGGGAGAACUGGUAAACAGAGAGGAAGCCAGAAACAGUGGAGACUCCUGGGUUGUAUACAGGCGCAUGCAGUGUGAAGAAUACAUCGAUGCCAAAAGAGAAAUGCAUGUAAAUUGGAUGAGGUAUGUGAAUUGUGCCUGUAAUGAUGAACAGAAUCUUGUGGCAUUUCAAUAUCGAGGGGGAAUUUUGUAUCGUUGCUGUCGACCCAUUAACCCAGGACAGGAGCUCUUGGUGUGGUAUGAAGAGGAGAAUGCCAAAGAACUCAGUCCUGCACCUACAGGAACAACCAGACAGCAAGAAGUAAAGAACGCUCUGCUGCAAGUCUUUUCCUGCUCCACAUGUCCUCUUUCCUAUGCAUCUCAAAUUUGCCCUGACAAACACAUCCAGAGAUGCCGUUAUGAAGAGAAUGUGAGACUACAGGAAUCGGGAGAGAUUCAAAUCCCUUCUGAAUGCUCCAGUAGUCAGGCAAUAUCGACUGAUCCUCUCAGUUCUGACACUUCUCAUGAUGUACAGAAGAAAAUUUACCACUGCUCAGACUGUGGAAAGAGUUUUGGUCAUCAGAAUGCCCUCAAAAGACACCAGUGCAGUCACACAGGAGAGAAGAAACAUCACUGCUCACAGUGUGGGAAGAGUUUUACUCAUCAGAGUCAUCUCCAAAGACACCAGCGCAUUCACACAGGAGAGAAGCCAUAUCACUGUUCUCAAUGUGAGAAAAGUUUUACUGAUCAGAGUGAUCUCCAACGACACCAACGCAUUCACACAGGAGAGAAGCCGUAUCACUGCUCACAGUGUGGGAAAAGUUUUACUCGUCACAGUAAUCUCCAAGUCCACCAGCGCAUUCACACAGGAGAGAAGCCGUAUCACUGCUUACAGUGUGGGAAAAGUUUUACUCGUCACAGUAAUCUCCAAGUCCACCAGCGCAUUCACACAGGAGAGAAACCUUAUCACUGCUCACAGUGUGGGAAGAGUUUUACUCAACAGAGUGAUCUCCAGAAACACCAGCGCAUUCACACAGGAGAGAAGCCGUAUCUUUGUUCACAGUGUGGAAACAGUUUUACUCAUCAGAGUGCUCUUCAAGUCCACCAGCGUAUUCAUACAGGAAAGAAGCUGUAUUGCUGCUCGCAAUGUGGAAAAAGUUUUACUCGUCACAGUAAUCUCCAAGUCCACCAACGCAUUCACACAGGUGAGAAACCGUAUCAUUGUUCACUGUGUGGGAAGAGUUUUACUCAUCAGAGUGAUCUCCAAAAACACCAGCGCAUUCAUACAGGAGAGAAGCCGUAUCACUGUUCACUGUGUGGGAAGAGUUUUACUCAUCAGAGUGCUCUCCAUCAACACCAGCGCAUUCACACAGGAGAGAAGCCAUAUCACUGCUCACAGUGUGGGAAGAGUUUUCCCGACCGAUGGAGUCUCCGCAAACAUCAGCGCCUUCACACAGGAGAGAAGCCGUAUCUUUGCUCACAGUGUGGGAAGAGUUUUACUGAUCAGAGUAAUCUCCAAAGACACCAGCGCGUUCACACAGGUGAGAAGCCGUAUCACUGUUCACAGUGUGGGAAGAGUUUUACUAAUCAGAGUGAUCUCUUAAAACACCAGCGCAUUCACACAGGUGAGAAACCGUAUCACUGCUCACAGUGUGAGAAGAGUUUUACUAGUCAGAGUCAUCUUCAAAGACACCAGCGCAUUCACACAGGAGAGAAGCCAUAUAACUGUUCUCAGUGUGAGAAAAGUUUUACUCAACAGAGUGCUCUCCAACGACACCAACGCAUUCAUACAGGAGAGAAGCCGUAUCACUGCUCACAGUGUGGAAAGAGUUUUACUCGUCACAGUAAUCUCCAAGUCCACCGGCGCGUUCACACAGGAGAGAAACCGUAUCACUGCUCACAGUGUGGGAAGAGUUUCACUCAACAAAGUCAUCUCCAAGUCCAUCAGCGCAUUCACACAAGAGAGAAGCCGCAUCACUGCUCACCGUGUGGAGAGACUUUUACUUGUUCAAUUAUGUUUCAGACCCACAAGUGUACUAACUGAGACAUUGCAUGAUUUAAAGUUGACAAAUUUAGUAUAGUUAUUACUGGGCUUGCUGAAAAUUACCUGUACUUUUGAACUUUGUUCAUAUUAUGACCGUUUUAAAAUAUGUAAUCUUAUAGUGAUUAAAACAAGACACUGUUUUCUUUUGAGCGUAAGUAGUCAUUAAUUAGUCCUUGUUUACCACCAUAUGAGUAAUGAUUUAACUGAAGCACUAUUAUCAGUGUAGUACUGCAGUGUGAGACUAAUUGUUAAUGGAAUUAUUACUGGUCAGGAGUUUAAUAUGUUAUGUUUAAUAGAAAUGUGGAUCAAACCAAAUGAGUAUGUAGCAUUUAAAUGAAGCUAAGCCAGACAAUUUGAGAAUCAGAACGUCAUGGGACCUACUCAUAAUGGUGAUCACAUUCUUGAUCUAAUACUUGCAUUCCUAUUAAAUAUAGAAAAUAUAGUCACA